CCCCUGUUUGGUUUUGUUCAUGCCAUUUGUGUCAUUUAGAAUUCCUCCCAGCACAAAACAUGACUGAAUCCAUUCCAAGUUCCCAAACAGCUGCCUGGAUCGACAACCCCAGUCCAACAUGCGUCCUCCAGAUACGCAAAGAUGUCGAAGUCCAGCAACCUUCCGCGAAUGAAGUCCUCGUUAAGGUCGAAUGCUCAGGUAUCUGCCACUCAGAUUGCAUGAACGUCGAGGGACGCGGUAAAUAUACCCCGGUCCCGGGACACGAGGGCGUAGGGAGGGUUGUAAAGCUUGGCCCAGGCGUAUCGCAGGACCUUUUAGGCAAGAGAGUGGGUGUCAAAUGGCUAUGGAGUGCCUGCAACGAAUGCACGAGUUGCAAGAAGGGCAAAAUCAACCACUGCGGGAAGCAGAAGAACACCGGACGAAACGUGUGGGGCACACUCCAGCAAUACGUCGUUGCGCACGCCGAAUUUAUUAGCAUCAUUCCUGAUGGUGUGAAGAGCGAAAUCGCCGCCCCCCUUCUCUGUGCUGGUCUCAGUCUCGCAGGGGCUAUCUCAAAACUCACCCCUGAAGUGCAACCCGGCGAAUUCGUUGCUAUCGUCGGCGCAGGCGGUGGACUAGGACACAUCGGCGUGCAGAUCGCGAGUAUCAAGGGCUACAAAGUCAUUGCUAUAGACAGCGGCACCGAAAAGGAAAAGCUGAGCAAAGAGAUGGGCGCCGUGGCGUUUGUAGAUUAUGCCAAGCAAGAUGUUGUACAAGCUGUGAGGGAUCUGACGGAUGGCGAGGGCGCGCAUGGGGUUAUUUGCGUGGCGGGCAGUGAGAGGGCGUAUACGCAGGCACCAGAACUGGCGAGGAAUAGUGGCGUUUUCGUCUGUGUAGGAUUGCCGCCAGACACCUUCAUGUUCCCUAUGAGUCCGAUUCAUAUCGCAAAUAGAGGUCUCGUAAUCAAAGGCUCGUCAACCGGCACAUCAGCGCAGAUGGACGAGCUACUUCAGCUGGCUCUGGAAGGGAAGAUCACACCCAAGAUCGAAGUAUACGACUUCGCCGACUCGCCCAAGAUUAUUCAAGAGCUACAGCGGUACGAAGUUACAGGUCGGAAGGUAGUACGGGCGCCUUAGCAUGACAGGUAAUUGAUGUUGUUCGUUUGCCGCUAAACGCAUGCAUUUGGUCGGUAUCGAACAGGGCUCAUUCUUUAGUCUUGAUAUACAAUUCUCGUAAGCCUCAAAGCGUUCAGACAUGUCUGCUUCCUAGUCCAUGCAAAAGCCUGCUUGAUAUCUUUGUAAGCUCAGUACCAGGCGCCUCCAAUGUCGUCCGCCUUAACCUUCAUGGGGUUCGUUGACAGAAUACGCUGACCGGGUACGGUGUCGGUGAAAGCACUUUCGAACACGCCGCUCACAGCUCGCCUCCCAAUCUCGGCGAAGCUAUCAUACUUCUCAUUCUCCCCAA